GUCAGAGCCCCAGACCCGGCUCAGCCUCCACUGGAACCCCCUGCUCAGGGCACAGACCCCACCUCAGCCUCCUGCAACACCAUGAGCGGCCGCGUUGGAGACCUCAGCCCUAAGCAAGCGGAGACUCUGGCCAAGUUCCGGGAAAACGUCAAGGAUGUGCUGCCCGCCCUGCCCAACCCUGACGACUACUUCCUCCUGCGCUGGCUCCGAGCUCGCAAUUUCGACCUGCAGAAAUCGGAGGCGAUGCUUCGCAAGUACAUGGAGUUCCGGAAGACGAUGGACAUUGAUCACAUUCUGGACUGGCAGCCCCCCGAGGUGAUCCAGAAGUACAUGCCCGGUGGCCUAUGUGGCUACGACCGCGAUGGCUGCCCGGUGUGGUACGACAUCAUUGGGCCACUCGACCCCAAGGGCCUGCUCUUCUCCGUCACCAAGCAGGACCUGCUCAAGACCAAGAUGCGGGAUUGCGAGCGCAUCCUGCAUGAGUGUGACCUGCAGACCGAGCGGCUGGGGAGAAAGAUCGAGACCAUUGUGAUGAUAUUUGACUGCGAGGGCCUGGGACUGAAGCACUUCUGGAAGCCUCUGGUGGAAGUUUACCAGGAGUUCUUUGGUCUUCUUGAAGAAAAUUACCCAGAGACCCUGAAGUUCAUGCUCAUUGUGAAAGCCACCAAGCUGUUUCCUGUGGGCUACAACCUUAUGAAGCCUUUUCUGAGUGAGGACACGCGCAGAAAAAUUGUAGUACUGGGAACCAACUGGAAGGAAGGUUUGCUGAAACUCAUAAGUCCUGAGGAACUGCCUGCUCAGUUUGGAGGGACCAUGACUGAUCCUGAUGGGAAUCCCAAGUGUUUAACUAAGAUCAACUAUGGUGGGGAGAUCCCCAAGUCCAUGUACGUGCGGGACCAGGUGAAGACACAGUAUGAGCACUCGGUCCAGAUCAGCCGCGGCUCCUCGCACCAGGUGGAAUACGAGAUCCUGUUUCCAGGCUGUGUCCUCAGGUGGCAGUUCUCAUCGGAUGGGGCCGACAUCGGCUUCGGGGUUUUCCUAAAGACCAAGAUGGGGGAGAGGCAGCGGGCCGGGGAGAUGACAGAGGUGCUGACCAGCCAGCGCUACAAUGCCCACAUGGUGCCCGAGGACGGGAGCCUCACCUGCGCGGAGGCCGGCGUGUAUGUCCUGCGCUUCGACAACACCUAUAGCUUUGUCCAUGCCAAGAAGGUCAGUUUCACGGUGGAGGUGCUGCUCCCGGACGAGGGCAUGCAGAAGUACGACAAGGAGUACACGCCGGUGUAGGCGCUCCGCUUCUCAGACCCGAGACCCUCUGCUCUCUCUGUCUCUGUCUCUCUGUCUGUCUCUCUCUUUGUCUCUCUCUCUCUCUCCCCUCCCCACCCCAGACACAGACCAUUAUUCGCCCUCCUGACAUCGUGACAGUAAUAGGAAAAGAACUUCUUGUGGGAGAUUAGACUGUGGUCGGAUCGGGAAAGGGAUGAGAGGCAUGGCCCUGAGGAUACUGUUGAACGGGGCUGGGGGGUAGCAGGCAGAGGAGCAAGACGCAACUGUCACUCUGAACCCGCUAGAAAGAGGAAUAAGAACCGCUGGGCUCUGUCCGCACUCCUAAAAGCGUGUGUUUGUGCUGGAGUUCCUCCCCCGCAAUGAGCCCAGAGCAGCAGGAGUUGGAAAUGCAUCUAAAUCCCUAUUCCUUAGGCUCCUUAGCUAGUCGAUGGUCACUGUGUGCUUGUGGAGUUGUGGGGAGGUGGGAGGCAGGUGGUCAUGGGUGGGCGGCGGGAUAAUGAGCCCCACAGGCAGGUUUCAGCACCGAGGACAGGGACAGCGCCUUGGCGUGGAUGGGCUCGCCCAGAGUCCCAGAGGAUCAGCCCCCAGACUUCUGGCCCUGGUUGCCCCCUUGAGCGGGCAGUAAAUGCCUACAUCAGCCUUUCACUUAGAGCAGAUGGCUUUCCAACCCAGCAUUCUCACCCAGGCCCCUUGCUUUGCAACUCACUCACGGCUCACGUUUUGAGCAAUUCAAGGAACGUUUCCGGGAAGCAAAAGGAAGGCAGCCCUGGCUCUUGCUGCCACCUGGAGAUGAUAAUAAAGCAAUCACA